GUUGCACAAGUUGUUUGGAAGUUAGAGAUAAGAAGGGUGUAAAUUGCAAAAAAACACACACGUUUGGGUCGAACGGGGGUGGUGGUUUCCAAAAAGUAGAAGGCAAACAACACAACACAGCUGUAAUGUAACUUAACAAAGGAAUUUUCAAUUUUGGUUCAUCGUUGGCACACUGUACACCCAUUUUCUCCUUCCUUGUUACCGAAGCCAAACAAACACUUCGCCAUUAUUGUUUGUUCCACUCAAACAAACCACCCCCAACCCUAACCCUAACCCCUUUUCUUCUUCUUCUUCUUCUUCUUCUUCUUCUUCUUCUUCUUCUUCUUCAAUAAUUCCUUCCCUUUUUUCGUUUUCAAUCUUCCCCGAUCUACUCUCUUCGAUUCUCUUGUCUUGCUAGGGUUUACGCGUUUUUAAUCUUCCACCAAUUAGGGAACCAGAAUGGGGGUACUCGUUCCGGUUUUCUUCUAUGUUAUCGCUUUCUUUUGCACCGUUGGAGCCGUCGCUUUGGCGAUUCUUCACAUUUAUAGACACCUUCUCAAUUAUACUGAACCUACUUAUCAACGUUACAUUGUUCGCAUCGUUUUCAUGGUUCCGGUUUAUGCGAUGAUGUCAUUCAUGUCCCUUGUCUUACCCAAGUGUUCAAUCUAUUUUGAUUCAAUCCGGGAAGUCUACGAAGCUUGGGUAAUUUACAAUUUCCUGUCACUGUGUCUAGCAUGGGUUGGUGGUCCUGGAUCAGUUGUUAUAAGUUUGAGUGGGCGGGUUCUGAAGCCAUCAGUUUAUCUGAUGACUUGUUGCUUGCCUCCUAUACCAUUGGAUGGGCGUUUCAUACGUAAAUGCAAGCAAGGAUGUUUGCAGUUUGUGAUUUUGAAGCCUAUUUUAGUUGUUGUUACACUUAUUCUCUAUGCUAAGGGUAAAUACAAGGACGGGAAUUUCAAUCCAAAGCAGUCAUACUUGUAUCUUACAAUCAUCUAUACGUUCUCAUAUACAAUGGCUCUCUAUGCUCUUGCAUUGUUUUACGUGGCAUGCAAGGAUCUGCUUCAGCCAUUCAAUCCUGUUCCAAAGUUUAUUAUCAUAAAGUCCGUUGUAUUCCUGACUUAUUGGCAGGGGGUGCUAUUCUUUCUUGCUGCAAAGUCGGGAUUCAUCGAGGAUGCCGAAGAAGCUGCUUUACUUCAAAACUUUAUCAUUUGUGUUGAGAUGCUUAUUGCUGCUCUAGGCCACUUCUAUGCAUUUCCAUACAAAGAAUAUGCUGGGGCUAAUAUAGGUGGAUCCCGUGGUUUGACUGCUAGCCUUGGGCAUGCUUUGAAGUUGAAUGACUUUUACCAUGAUACAGUUCACCAAUUCGCACCAACCUAUCAUGAUUAUGUUCUCUAUAACCACAGUGAAGGGGAAGAAGGAACAAGGAAGUACAGGUCACGAACAUUUGUUCCGAUUGGCCCAGAAAUGGAUAAUGUGAGAAAAAAUAAGCAUAUAAUUGGAAAUAAGGUAGACGACAUACAGAUGUCAAACUUCUCUUCUAAUAGUAGUACUCCGUCAAAUUCUGUUUCAUUUCCGGAUGCUUCAAUCUCUGAUGUAACGAAAUCUUCCUUGCUUGUGGAUGUCUCCCAUUCUGUGUCUAUACCAUAUGAUUUGACGCUUAUUGACUUGGAUGUAUCCAGUUACCCUGAAAAAGUUCCUGCAGCUGAUAAAACUGGUGCUAGGUGACCGAUUAGCUAGGUUGUUUGGGUAAAUGUUAUUGCUAUAGAGAAGAUAUGGGCAUCUACCAAUAUUGGUUUUUGGCUAGGAGAGAACUAUGAUCUAAGUGUGGUUUCUUACAUUCCAGGGAAGGAUUUAAGCAGAUCGUGUGUGAACAUUCAUUUGUGUCUGUUGUCAGCCUCCACUCCCAAGCAAACAAAACAGUCUUUGUUAUUGUUGAUCUUGGUCUUCAUACUGUAAUUGUCUUUGUUGGUUGUGUCCUAUCACUUAUGUGCAAAUGUAGAUACAGAACUUGUUUGUUGGCAUACAAGAGUUCAAACACGACUGUUUCCCAAGAAAAUCGACUUAGAAUUAAUUUGUUGAUUUUUUUCUUCCAUGCAUUAUGAAGAGUUGGGUACCUGUUCCUGUUGGUUUAA